UUUUUUUUAAACAGAUGAGCGACAUUUAGGAGUUUCAAGAAAGUGCCGUCGAAAUUUUAAAAAACUCUUUUUUGGCGAAACUUAUAAUUUGUCGUUCUAAAUAAUUACUUUUUUAAAUCAAAGUUUUAGAGUAUUAAUCAUGGCGACUCCAGCUACGACUAAUCUGCCGAUUUUAGAUGUGCCUAAAAAAUCUCCCUGGUCUGAACACAAGUCACCAGAUGGCAGGACCUAUUAUUACAACAGUGAGACUAAGCAGUCGACGUGGGUGAAACCUGAUGAAUUCAAAACCGAGGCUGAGUUGUUGUUAUCAAAAUGCCCUUGGAAAGAACACAAGGCUGAUAACGGGAAGGUGUACUACCACAACUCUCUAACCAAAGAAUCCAGAUGGGCCAAGCCGAAAGAGUUGGAAGAGAUUGAAGCUCUAAUGGCAAGUCACGAUAAAUCAAAAGUGGAAGCAUCAGCACCUCAGCAGCAGCAGCUGACGCCAGCAGCAACGACGUCAACAUUUUCCUCAUCUACAUCAUCCUCAUCUUCAUCUACUUCGUUGAAGCCAUCUGAUGCCAUUGAGAAAGCCAUGCAAGCCACACUUGGAUCCAUUGAAAUGCCUGUGCAGUCUUCUGCCACUGCUCCUCCAGUCACUUCCACAAAGUCUAUUCCUGAGCCAGCCGACCGAGCACACUCAGAAAAACCAAACAGCACAGACGUCAAUAAACAAGAAGCUCUGUUCUCGAACAAGAAAGACGCCAUUGAUGCAUUCAAGGCACUCCUCAAAGAGAAGGGAGUUUCAUCUCAGUGUACUUGGGAGCAGGCAAUGAAAAUGAUCAUCAAUGACCCACACUACUCCGCUCUUAAACAUCUCAAUGAGAAAAAACAGGCAUUCAAUGCAUACAAGACGCAGAGAGCCAAAGAAGAAAAGGAAGAACAUAGAUUAAAACUGAAGCAGGCAAAAGAAGAUUUGGAGAAGUUUCUGAUGUCCAGUGAUACGAUCAACUCUUCAGUUAAAUACAGGAAGGCAGAAGCGCUCUUGGGAGAUUUGGAUGUGUGGAAGAAUGUUCAAGAAAGGGAGAGGAGGGAGAUAUAUGAUGACAUCAUGCAUCAGCUGGAAAAGAAAGAGAAGGAUGAUGCCAAACACUUGAGGAAACGCAACAUUCGAGUCUUCAGUGACAUCCUGGACAACAUGAAAUCUCUAACUCGACAAGUAGGCUGGCAUCAUCAGAUAGGAUCAAAUCUAAAAUAUUAUUUCCACGAGUUGGUUGAUCGACAAGUUGACAUGGACAAGGAAGAUGCACUGAUAUGUUUCCAGGACCACAUUAAAAUGCUGGAGCAGGAGUUUGAAGAUGAGAAGGACCGAGAGAAGAAAUCGACCAAGAGGAGGCAGAGGAAGAACAGAGAGGCAUUUCUGGUGUUACUGGAUGAACUGCAUGAAUCAGGAAAGCUACAUUCCAUGUCACUCUGGAUGGACUUGUACAGCAUCAUAUCCCUCGAUCCCAGGUUCACUCAGAUGCUCGGACAAUCAGGAUCAACUCCGUUGGAUCUUUUUAAGUUUUAUGUUGAAGAACUGAAAUCCCGAUUCCACGAUGAGAAGAAAGUCAUCAAGGAUAUUCUCAAGGAGAAAAACCUGGAGGUGGAGGCGGACACGACUUUUGAGGAGUUUGCCAAGUGGCUGAUGUACGAUAAGGCGACCUUCUCGCUCGACGCCGGCAACAUCAAGCUCACAUUCAACAGCUUGAUCGAAAAAGCAGAAAGUCGGGAGAAAGAGAGGCAAAAGGAGGAGUCGAAGAAGCAGAAGAAACUCGAGUCCACGUUCAAAAGUUUGUUGAAGUCACUCGAUCCUCCAAUUCAUGGCAACUCAACUUGGGAUCAGGUCAGGCCUCGAAUUGAAGAAGAUCCAACAUUUAAGGCUCUUGUCCUAGAAUCUGACCGAACCAGAUUGUUCAAGGAACUCGUCGGCUCGCUCGCGCCUGAAAAUAACAAUGCAAGUAACAGUAACACAGGCACCAACAAGCACAAAAAACAUAAAAAAUCGAGCAAAAAAACGAAACACCGAUCUCGAUCACAUGACACUAAGGACAUUGGUUCAUCAGUGAAUGGGCGGUCCAAAAAGACAAAAGGAUCAUCCCCUUCGCCCCCGCCAUCCUCCGUAUCAUCAGAUGAUGAUCUUCCCGCAAAAAGUGAUGCUGGGAAAAAGAUGAAGAAGAAGAAGAAGAAGAAGAGGCAGACAUCUCACUCACCCGUGAUAGGAAAUGAGAAGGUCAAUGAUUCCGAGAAGCCAUCCAAUUCAACUGUCCAUAGCUUAAAACAAACAACUAAUGACAGGAACAAGUUACAUGAUUGGGAAGAGUCAUCCGGAGGUAGUGAGGUUAGCGAAUGCGAAUUGGAGUCAAGGAGAAAACAGUUGUUGAGGGCGUUGGAAGACAACAAAUGAUGAUCAAACGAAUUAUUUCAUCACUCGCUUUAAAUGUAUAUUGAUUAAUACUGUUGGAUAGCUUUUAUACCCACUUUUAUGUGAAAAAACUUAGGACAAACGUUGAAUAAUCUGUGAAUUAAUUUUUGGCGGUAUAUUAUUAUCCUAUUAUUAUAUUAGUAUUUUGACUAUUGCAUUUUAACUCAAAUAAAAUGCUCUAUUUCUUUAAAUUUUUAAAUAUUUCUAUUAAAUUAAC